AUUUACUGUUCGCUUCCAUCACAUCCACACCAUGACAAACCCUGUGGUAAACAAGACUGCGCAUCCGUUUGACAAGGCACGACUGGAGUCGGUGCUCGCGCACAGGUUCUUCUAUGCACCAGCGUUCGAGAUCUAUGGAGGUAUUGCUGGUCUCUACGACUACGGUCCGCCGGGCUCGGCCCUGCAAAGCAAUAUCAUCUUGGAAUGGCGCAAGCAUUUCAUUGUCGAAGAGCACAUGCUCGAGCUUGACACGACCAUCAUGACCCCAGCACCUGUCUUCGAGACGUCUGGCCACGUCGCGCGUUUUGCGGAUUGGAUGGUCAAGGACAUCAAGACGGGUGCAGUGCUGCGCGCCGACCACCUUGUGAAAAACGUGCUCUCCGCACGCCUAGUGUCGAAUAAAGAAGCGCGGGCAUUGGCUGCUCAGCCUCAGAAAGAAGACGAGAAGGCGAAGAAGAAGGCGAAAAAGGACAAGGGCAAGCCCGCCCCUGUGCAGUUGCCUGAUGAGCUCGCUGCGGAGUACGAGAACAUCCUGGCGCAACUGGACAACUACUCUGGUCCUGAACUGGGCGAGCUAUGCAGGAAAUACAAUAUCACCAACCCCGAUUCAGGCAAUGAAGUGACCGAGCCCCAACAGUUCAAUCUGAUGUUCGCCAGUAGCAUCGGUCCCACUGGUCAGCAUCCAGGUUUCCUGCGCCCGGAGACCGCGCAGGGCCACUUCCUAAACUUCUCGCGCCUGCUUGAUUACAAUAACGGCCGCCUGCCAUUUGCAUCCGCGCAAAUCGGGCGCUCGUUCCGCAACGAAAUCUCGCCGCGCGCGGGUCUGCUGCGCGUGCGCGAGUUCACGAUGGCGGAGAUCGAGCACUUUGUUGACCCGGAGGACAAGAAUCACGAGCGGUUCGCCGAGGUGCGUGACGUCGAGCUGGACCUUCUCGAUCGGCACGUGCAGCAGGCGGGCAGCACCCAGGUUUCGCGAAUGCGCAUAGGCGACGCGGUCGCGCGUGGCGUGAUCGCGAACGAGACUCUCGGAUACUUCCUCGCGCGGAUCCACCUCUUCCUCACCAAGAUCGGGAUCGACCCCGAGCGCCUGCGCUUCCGCCAGCACAUGGCGAACGAGAUGGCGCACUAUGCGGCGGACUGCUGGGACGCGGAGAUCGAGAACUCGUACGGCUGGACGGAGUGCGUCGGCUGCGCGGAUCGCGCCGCGUACGACCUGUCCGUGCACUCGAAGAAGACGGGUCACCCGCUCGUCGUACGCGCGCAGCUUCCCGAACCGAUCGUCACGGAGCGCGAUGUCGCAGAGUACAACAAGAAGGCGCUCGGCAAGACGUUUGGCAAGGAUCUCGCCACGAUCACGCAGGCCAUCGACGCGUUCGACGAGGCGCAGAUGGUCAAGCUCAAGGACGAGCUCUCACACGGCUCUGCCACGAUCCAGUCGCCUGACGGGCGAGAAUUCAAAUUGACUCCCGAUCUUCUGACCAUUGAGCGGAAGACAUUCAAACAGUCCACGCGAGAGUACACUCCCAACGUCAUCGAACCUUCCUUCGGCCUCGGCCGUAUUCUAUACUCGCUGCUAGAGCACUGCUUCUGGAGUCGAGAGCAGGACGUCGAGCGUGGGGUACUCUCCCUGCCGCCCGUCGUCGCUCCCACCAAGGUUCUGAUCGUUCCCUUGAGCGCGAAGGACGAGUUCAAGCCGCUCGUUAAGGAGAUUUCUCUGAAACUGCGCAAGGCCGGCGUGUUCGCGCACGUAGACGACUCGAGCCAGUCCAUUGGCAAGCGCUAUGCCCGGAACGACGAGCUGGGCACGCCCUUCGGCAUCACUGUCGACUUUGCUUCUGUUAAGCACCACACAGCGACAUUACGUGAGCGUGACACGACCAUCCAGCUCAUCGGGCCUGCAGACGACGUCGUCGCCAUAGUCACCGAGCUCGUGGAGGGCACGAUCGACUGGGCAGAGGCGUGCCGCAGGCUGCCCGUGUACGAGGGUGUCCAGGCCGAAUAAACGUUAAGGCGCGCACGACGGCGCCUGUCUCCUAGCGAACUGACAAAAUGGCAUUAAUAUUGUAUUCCGAA